CUCUCUCUCUCUCUAUUACAUAUAUUCCGCUGAUUCCGUGGUUGUUUCUCUCUCUUAAAUACUAAAUAUAUGUGCGUAUCAUCAACAAUCCGGACUGGGGUCUAAGAAUCCUAGAAUUGAUAAAUGACAACUGAUCAAUAUGGAAAAUUUUUGGUCCCAACAAGGGCUUCAUUUGCACUAAAAGUUACUUAGAAUCUCUUUGAAUCAACCCUAACCCAGUCACCAACUCCCUUAACUCCAGGUGUUUGUAUGUUGCUGUGAACUAUUUUGGGGGUAUACCAUUAACAACUACCAUAGGGCAUGUCUCUCCAUGUCGCCAGAGGUUUAGUGUAGCUAUGGAUUGUGUAAAGACCACUGCUCACUUUAAGGGUACUUUCUGCCAGCAGUUCUUAUUAUUCAUCAUCUGGUUAUCCAGUUUCCAAGAUGUAGUGGCACUGCAAACGCCACCUGAACCAAUACAUCUUUCUCCCACAUCUGAGCUAGCCAGCCCACCUAGUAGUGGACUUUUUCAACCCAUAGAAAUAUCACCUGCAGUCAUUCCACACUAUCCUUUCCCCGGGGAACCUUUGUCACCAAUGUACCCUUCCUUUCCAACCACGUAUGAUCCAGUAUUGACGGGAAGAUGCCCUGUAAAUUUCUCUGCUGUUUCAAGUAUUAUGGACAAAACAGCAUCGGAUUGUUCUCAACCUUUAGCUGCACUUGUAGGAAAUGUUAUAUGUUGCCCGCAGUUCAGUAGUUUGCUCCGCAUAUUCCAAGGAUACUAUAGCACUAAUUCAGAUAAAUUAGUUUUACAAAGUGCAGUGGCUAAGGAUUGUUUUAAAGACAUCAUAAGUAUAUUAGCCAGCAGAGGAUCAAACAGCUCAAUACCUACUAUCUGCUCUGUAAAGUCAUCAAAUCUUACUGGCGGGUCUUGUCCUGUGAAGGAUGUAAUUACCUUUGAGAAAACAGUGAACACAAGCAAAUUAUUGGAGGCUUGCAGCACUAUUGAUCCUCUAAAAGAGUGCUGCAGACCAAUUUGCCAGCCUGCUAUCAUGGAGGCUGCACUUCAGAUCUCAGUAACACAAUCGCCAAUCAACGAGAAUAAGUAUGCAUUUGGAGAACCUAAUCGUAUUGAUGCUCUUAACGAUUGUAAAGGAGUGGUGUAUUCAUGGCUCUCUAAGAAACUCUCGUUGGAUGCUGCCAAUACUGCAUUUCGAAUAUUAUCUGCCUGCAAAGUUAACAAAGUUUGUCCUUUGGAUUUUAAGCAGCCAUCAGAAGUAAUUAAAGCAUGUCGUAACGUAGCUGCUCCCAGUCCUUCGUGUUGUAGCUCAUUAAAUACUUACAUUGCUGGGCUACAGAAGCAAAUGUUAAUUACAAAUCGACAAGCUAUAAUAUGUGCAACAGUGUUUGGGUCCAUGCUACAGAAAGCUGGUGUCAUGACAAAUGUUUAUGAGCUUUGUGAUGUUGAUUUGAAAGAUUUUAGUCUCCAAGCAUAUGGACAGCAAGGGUGUUUACUUCGUAGCUUGCCUUCAGAUGUGAUAUUUGACAAUUCAACAGGCUUCAGCUUUACGUGUGACUUGAGCGACAAUAUUGCAGCUCCAUGGCCUUCAUCGUCCUCUUUUUCAUCCUUAUCUCUUUGUGCUCCUGAGAUGUCAUUGCCUGCACUACCAACAUCGGAGACUUUGGGACAUUCUGGUUGUCGUCGUGGUGGGUUGGAAUUCCUUGUACCAAUUUUUUCUUUUUUCGUUUUCAGUACAUUGUUGUACCGAGAGAUUUAGCUGAAUUGGCUGGUUUUAAAUGGGGAGCUUCUGGAAAUUUAAUAUGGCCAGAUUACAUGUAUAUUUCGAGUGUCCUUUCUCAUGUAUAGCAGCUGUUUUUUUUGGGGGUUAUUUAUUCUUGAUUUGUCAAGUUUUGGAUCCUGUCCUGAUGGACUUGCAUAUGUUCUACUACCAGAGAAGUGUGACUUGGGUCAUACCAGCAUUUUCAAGUUGGAGGUAACUUUUCAUGGUUG